AUGCCAAAGGUCAGCAGCUAUGCGCCAGCCUGGCUGUGCCGGCCGUCACCUGGCGCAAACUUCCUGACCACCAACUCCUCUCAGAGCCCAGCGGAGGACAUUAAGAACAAAUCGAAGCCAUCUGACAAUGGUCCCAACCGGACCAUUGCUAGGAGAGGAAACGAGGUUUUCGCUGUGGUUGAUAACGAGAUCCGCUGGUCAAACCUUGCGCGCCUCAAAGAUCAAUGGCAACAGCAAAAUAAGCAAAAGAAGGGAUCUGCUAGCGCUGGAGAUAUCACUGAUUUAAAUUCGACUUCUUACAGGGUUUUGGCCGUCCCUGUAUAUGGAUUGAUCAAACAAAUCAUUCCUUCCCCGAACGGAGCAUUCCUUGCAAUUAUCACCGAACACACUGUUCACAUUUCGGUCCUCCCCGACGCUUCGCACCUGUCAUCAUCUGACUCUACUCCCCUUCGUCUGAAGACAUACCAGUUGGGCCCGACCACUCAUGUUAUUCCCGAGGCGCCCGUUGUGUCUGCGUUAUGGCAUCCCUUGGGUCUGCACAGCAAUCUCAGCGGUUGCAUCGUUACCAUCACCGCUGACGCCGCGGUGCGCGUGUGGGAACUGGACCGCAACAACCACUGGUCCUUUGACCAGCCAACCCUGGCAAUCGAUUUGAAGAAGCUUGUCGAUGGAACUUCGUGUGAUCAAGACUUUGCGCCUUCAGGCUUUGGCAAGAACAAGGGAUUUUCUGCUGAUCUCAUUGAUAUGGAGGUCGCCUCGGCUUGUUUUGCAGGCAGUGGGGAAGAAAAAGAGGACGCAUGGGCGCCAAUGACCCUGUGGGUAGCCAUGAGACCCGGUGACCUCUAUGCGCUGUGCCCUCUUCUGCCUACAAAGUGGCAAGCUCCAUCAACAACAAUCCCCUCCCUCUCUUCAGCGAUUGUUCCGAAGUUGACUGCCUUGGAGCAGGAUCCUGAGGAAUUCGACGAGGAGCUGACUGCAUGUCGGCAGCAGUACGAUUGGCUCAGUGAGCUUGAUGGACAAGAGCCAUUGGGUCUGCCUGCUGGCGCCGAAACCCUCCAAGGCGCCGAAGUUUUCACUCGCCCCGCCAACCCUAGUGCUAUUCCUAGAUUGCAAGGGCCUUUCCGAUUCGAUACUGGUGAUGAGCUUGACGACCUAGACCUUUGUGACCUUCUUGUUAUUGCUGCUAGACUGGAUGUUGAUGAUCUUAUGAUGGGCGAGGAAGAAGAAUUGGCCGUGGAUGCCAGCGAACAGGAUAAGCUCUCAGCCACUGUUCUGUCUCUGUCUAGUGGAAACGGCCGAGUUCAUAUUUGUCUGGAACUUGACGGUGUUGAGGGACAGUGGCUCCCCAAGGCCCAAAAGAACGCCUUUCGGACACCUCUUUCAGAGCCAUCUGAUCUUGUCCUAGUCGAAUCCUUGGAUACUGUUAAGGCUGGAGAGACCGCUAUCUGGCCCACUUUCACCAAGGAUGUCCACUCUCGAUACACCUUCUUUGUCACGACCGCAACUAAUGUGAUAUCUCUAUCUUUGACCGCGUGGGCACAGAGACUGGAAGCCGAGUUGAAGGCGGAAGACUCUGCUGGCUCUGCUUUCCGUCUGCAGGUUCUCUGCGACGGAAAUGUCUGUCAGAGAGAAAAGAUUUUGCAGGUCUCAGAAGCCGAUGUCACAUCGAAGUUUGAACACCUCGCGCAGUCACUUGUCUUUUAUGACUUUGACCUUGGCUACUUGCUUCUCACUUCGCUCCCAUCAAACCCAUAUGCAGCGGUGAUGGAUUCACCAGAAGAUGCUCUCGCUGCGGAACUUGAGAGGCAGCUUUCUGACAGAAUGGCAACAAAGUCAACCUCAGCCGUUCUGCCCCCUCGCCGUGCGCCGUAUCAAGUUCCCGCCGUUUUCUACUCCGAAUGCCCACUGAACUCAUUUGUUGAAAAGCACGUCCCACAUCGCCAACGUCAUACCCUCAAGGAGCAAGUACGCCUGUCUCCUGCAACAUUGGACCUUGUGGCUACUGCUCACCGUGUUCUCUCCGCGCAUACGAACGCUCUUGAGAGAGCUGCCUCAGAUUUGUUCCGCCGAUGCGAACGUCUACAGGGCGAGAUGCAGGACCAAUUGAAGCAAAUUUCAGAUGUUGCGGAGCGCGUCAAGGGCGUCACCAGUGAGAUUGGAGAAGAUGGACACCGCAUAGAAGGCGUCCGAACCGGAGAAGCUCUGGACAGGAGACUGCAGGCCGCUAAGGAUAAGCAAGAUCAAUUGCAGUCCCGAUAUGAAGCGUUGCGCAAGAAGGUUUUGAACUCUGGAGGUCGUCCCCUGAGUGAAAGGGAGAAGGCCUGGGUUACCGAAGUCAAAACCUUAUCUGGAUCCUUGCAGCCUGGUGAGGAGGAAGACCAAGAUGACCAAGAUCAAGAUUUGGUACCGCGCUUGGAGACCGUCAAACGUCUUGCAUUGGAUCUUAUCGCCCAAACGAAGACUAUUGCCGCCAAGUCGCCAUCUCGUGGCGAGCCUGGAAGUCCAAACUCUCCAGUUGGUGCCCACCCCAAGGUUCCCCAACGCCUGCAACGUGCCAAGGUUGCAGAUGCUAUGAGAAUGGUUGAACGGGAAUCCGCCGUUAUCGAUGCGAUUACCGCACGUUUGGAACGACUCAACACUAGCUUAUGA